AUGGAUUUUCCUGCGGAAGAAGAGCUUGUGCUCGCUCGGUGGAGGGAGAUUGAUGCCUUUAAACGCCAGGUUGAACUUUCGGCUGGAAAGCCACGCUAUGGAUUCUUAGACGGCCCUCCGUUCGCUACCGGAACUCCUCAUUACGGACACCUGCUUGCUUCGACUAUCAAGGAUGUGAUUCCCCGUUAUUGGUCUAUGAAGGGAUUCCAUGUGGAGCGUCGUUUUGGCUGGGAUACACAUGGUGUGCCCAUUGAAUAUGAGAUUGACAAAAAAUUGGGCAUGUCUGGUCUGCAAGCGGUUCAAGAGAUUGGAAUCGCGAAAUACAACGAGGAGUGUCGAUCGAUUGUUAUGAGAUACGCGACAGAAUGGCGCGAAACCAUCGAGCGAUUGGGUCGCUGGAUUGACUUUGAUAACGAUUACAAGACUAUGAACCCAUCAUUCAUGGAAUCCGUCUGGUGGGUUUUCAAGGAGCUCUUCGAUAAGGGCCUCGUUUACCGCGGAUACCGUGUCAUGCCUUACUCCACCGCUCUCAACACGCCGCUCAGCAACUUCGAAGCGCAGCAGAACUACAAAGAUGUGCAGGACCCCGCCGUUGUUGUGACAUUCCCCCUGCUAGAUGACCCUGAAACAUGCUUACUUGCAUGGACCACCACCCCGUGGACGCUUCCAUCACACACCGGUCUGUGUGCCAACCCCAACUUCGAGUACGUCAAGAUCUACGAUGAAGCUACAAAGAAAAACUACAUCCUCCUGGAGGCCCUUCUUCGGACCAUCUACAAGGACCCGAAGAAGGCUAAGUUCAAGAUCGUCGACCGUAUCAAGGGUUCUGACAUGCUCGGAUGGAAGUACACACCCCUCUUUGAUUACUUCUAUGAAGAAUUCAAGGACUGUGGCUUCCAAGUUCUGAAUGACGAAUAUGUCACUGCCGAGGAUGGUGUUGGUAUUGUUCACCAGGCCCCUGCCUUUGGUGAGGAGGAUUACCAGGUAGCCAUGAACCAUGGCGUCAUUUCUGAGACUCGUCUUCCCCCAAUCCCGUUGAUGCCCAAGGCUGUUUCACUGCUGAGGUCCAAUGUCAAGGCUGCUGAUAAGGGCAUCAUCAAACUCCUCAAGGGCAACGGUCGUGUUCUCGUUGAUAGCCAGAUUACUCACAGCUACCCCUUCUGCUGGCGCUCCGAUACCCCUCUGAUCUAUCGUGCUGUGCCAUCCUGGUUCGUGAAGGUCAAGCCUAUCAUCCCCGACAUCCUUGAGGGCAUUGAUAAAUCCCACUGGGUCCCAUCCAAUGUUAAGGAGCGGAGAUUUGCCAGCUGGAUCAAGAACGCUCAUGACUGGAACAUUUCUCGAAACCGUUUCUGGGGAACACCGUUGCCAUUGUGGGUUAGUGAAGAUUUCUCAGAAGUUGUGGCUAUCGGUAGCAUCGAACAACUUAGGGAACUGAGUGGCUAUGAGGGCGAGCUCAACGAUAUCCAUCGGGAUAAGGUCGACCACAUCACGAUUCCUUCUUCUAAAGGAAACGGCGUUCUGAGACGUGUUCCCGAGGUCUUUGAUUGCUGGUUUGAAUCAGGCAGUAUGCCUUUUGCAAGUGUCCACUAUCCCUUCGAGGGCGCAGAUGAGUUCGAGGACCGUUUCCCAGCAGACUUUAUUGCCGAGGGGCUUGAUCAAACACGAGGAUGGUUCUAUGUACUCAGCGUGAUCGGAGUCCACUUGCGUCAAAAACUGCCAUACAAGAAUGUAGUUGUGAAUGGCAUUGUCCUCGCAGAAAAUGGCCUAAAGAUGUCCAAAAGAUUGAAAAAUUACCCCGACCCAUCGCUGAUCAUGAAUUCAUACGGAUCGGACGCGCUUCGAUUGUACAUGAUCAACAGCCCUGUCGUGCGUGCUGAACCUCUCAGAUUCAAAGAAACCGGCGUCAAGGAAAUCGUCAGCAAGGUGCUUCUUCCGUUGUGGAACAGCUACAAGUUCUUUGAGGGCCAGGUGACCCUCCUGAAGAAGGCUUCUGACAUCGACUUUGUCUUUGACCCUGCAGCGGAGAGAACCAACACAAACGUGAUGGAUCGCUGGAUCCUUGCGAGCUGUCAAUCACUGCUUCGGUUCAUUAACCAGGAGAUGGCUGCUUACCGUCUGUACACCGUUGUACCACGGCUUCUAGAGUUGAUUGAUAACACGACCAACUGGUACAUCCGCUUCAAUCGCAAGAGACUCAAGGGUGAAAAUGGUGUUGAUGACACAUUGCACGCCUUGAACACUCUCUUUGAGGUCCUCUACACUCUUGUCAGAGGCCUCGCUCCUUUCACUCCUUUCAUCACCGACAAUAUCUACCAGCGCCUUCUUCCCCACAUUCCCGAGUCGCUUCGUGCUGAAGACAGCCGUUGCGUGCACUUCCUUCCCUUCCCUGAGGUGCGCCAAGAGCUCUUUGACGAAGUUGUUGAACGCAGAGUUUCUCGGAUGCAGAUUAUCAUUGAACUCGGCCGUAUCUCGCGCGAACGUCGGGCUAUCGGCCUCAAGACCCCCUUGAAAACACUUGUCGUGAUUCAUAAUGACCCGCAAUAUUUGGAAGAUGUCAAGUCUCUCGAGCCGUACAUUCUCGAAGAGCUCAACGUUUUGGAGCUUGUUCUCUCCUCUGACGAAGCCAAAUACCAAGUCGAAUACUCGGUGACCGCUGACUGGCCUGUGCUAGGUAAGAAGCUGAAGAAGGCGGUUCAAACGGUCAAGAAGGCCUUGCCUUCUCUCACCAGCGAUGACGUGAAGGGAUAUCUUGCAGAUAAGAAGAUCUUGGUCGAUGGCAUUGAACUCAUUGAGGGUGAUCUCGUUGUGAAGCGAGGAAUCAAGGAAACCGACAACUCCAAGGGCAUGGAAACCAACACAGAUGCUGAUGUGUUGACUAUCCUUGAUGUGAACUUGUACCCAGAGCUGGCUCAUCAGGGUCUGGGCCGUGAGAUCAUUAACCGUGUCCAACGCCUUCGCAAGAAGGCUGGUCUUGUUGCCACCGAUGAUGUGAAAAUGGAAUACACUGUGAUUUCGGACCCGGACAACAUUGGCCUUGACGAGGCUUUCAAGUCUCAGGCUCAAGUCUUUGAGAAGGUCCUGCGCCGUCCCGUUGAACAGAGUGCAUUCGGUGGCGAUAAGCUUCCUACUGGGGAAGAAGAGGGCACUAUUUCGCAGGAAGAACAGGAGGUGCAAAAUGCCACUUUCUUGUUGCGUCUUCUCAAGAUUUAG